UCUGUUUUCCUUGUCCGAUCUGAACAAACUUCUGCAAACUUCCCCAUCUUCUCAGAUUGCUUUCAGGGGUACGUAUUUCCGUUGCUCUGACGCUUGGCCUGAGAUCGGGCUCGAAGAGGGGGGGAAAGCGCCUCCUCCUCCUCCCCACACCCCGGAUCACGAUGACCGAGGGAACACGAUGCAGUGGCGCAGCACUGUAGUUACUGCACGAAGUUGGAAUUUUACAGCUUGGCAUCUGCCGGACUUCCUCCGGAUCGGAUUCCCGAAACCUCCUGCGGGAGCUGAAGGCGUUUGAGAGCGGGACCCAGCAGAGAGCAGUAGCUGGCUGGCGCUGCGUCUUCCUAGACGAGAGACGUUUCUGGUGCUGCCGGAACCCCAUUGCGCAGCAGCAGCAGCAGCAGCAGCAGACUUUUCUCCAGGAGCCGCUUAGCUGAUUCACACCGCUCACAGCCUCCUUCGAUUAGCAGCAGCAGCAGCAGCAUCCCUUGGGGGAUAAUAGCACCACCGGCCAUCGGAGGAGGAGGAGGAGAGGGCGGGGACUGGGCGGCUGCCCUGCUGCUGCUGGCGAGUGUUACCAACAGGCCAGCUGCAGCAGCAGGCGCCAGGCUCUCUCAACAAUGCAGCGCAGGCAGCCCUCGGAUCUCGGAGCAGCAGCCGGGGAAGGCGCCCGCUGCUUCUGAUCCUCACGACGGAGUGCGAUCCAACUCGAACCUCGUCCUCGCAGCGAAACGAGAGGAGCUGGAAGUUGGCAGAGGAUCCGGAGAAGGGGCGCGCGCGCGCACGGGUGGGUGGGUGCCUCCCUCGGUUUCUCCCCAAGGCUGAUCUUGCUCUCCUCCCCUUGCUGUCACUCGGGAUAUUUGGGCAAGAGGCGAGCCCGCGAGAAGGAGUGAUGGAGGCCGCCGCCGCCGGGGACAUCGGGUUGCGAUGAUGGGAGAGCGACGGAGGCCGAGCUCGGCUGCAAGGGAGACGGCGAGAAGGGGCAGCGGGACGGGGGCAGCGCACCAAGCCGCGUAGGAGGAGAAGAGCCCGGGAGGAGCGCCUGUGCGCGCCAGCCCUUCGCCCUGAGGAGCAGCGCCCAGAAAGCGCCUCUUCCUCCGACCCAGCCUGGAAGGGCGAGAGGCGGGAGCCUUGAAGGGAACAGGUGCCGCCAGCCGCGCCGCCCCGAGAAGGGAACCCCCGUCGCCUGUAAAUUGGGGGCGGCAGAGGACGACGGCGAGGGAGCAGCGCGUGGCUGCCUGGAAUUCUUCUUCUUCUUACCACCCGCCUGCUUGGAGAGGGGUCAGAAAAUAGGUCUCCCAGUCCCCGCCCUCUGGUCCUUCUGACAGCCCCCCCCCCCCGCGGCGGGCUGGGCUUUGGGCUUGCCGCCGGCCCGCUUCUUCUUGCUCCUCCUCAGCUGCCAUGUGUUGUGGCUGCCGCCUGUCGCGCGGCCUCCGCUGCUGGUCUCCAUGCUCCUAGGGGCGUCCUGGCUGUGCUCCUCCAAGGCCGCCGCCGCCGAGAAGCGGGCUGCCGAGGAGAGGCGGAGGCGGCGCGCUGCGGGAGGAGGAGGUGGCGGCGGGGGUGGUGGCGGCGGCAGUAACGGCGAGGGGCCCCCAGCCGCCGCCGCCGCCGCCUGCGGAGGGGCCAUGGACGAGUCUUCGCUGCUGGACUUGCUGGAGUGCUCCGUGUGCCUGGAGCGCCUGGACACGACGGCCAAGGUGCUCCCGUGCCAGCACACUUUCUGCCGCCGCUGCCUCGAGAGCAUCGUCAGCUCCCGCCACGAGCUGCGCUGCCCCGAGUGCCGCAUCCUGGUGGGCUGCGGGGUCGACGAGCUGCCCGCCAAUAUCCUGCUCGUCCGCUUGCUCGACGGCAUUCGGCAGAGACCCCGCGCCGCCGCCGCCGCCGGCAACGGAGCCCCGGGGAGCCCCACAGCCCCGGGCAACGCGGCUGCUCCAUGUGCGGGCAACCCCGCCGCAGCAGCAGCGGGAGGAGGAAACAACCCUGCUCCCGCCACUAACCCCGCCUGUCACCCCGUGGCGGCGGCGGCUACAGCGGCCUCCCCAGGCUCCCCUAGCAGCGCCGCCGCUGCAGCCGCCGCCUCAGCCGCCGCCAGCCUGAGGGAACUGGCCGCCGCUAGCCGGAGCGCCCUGCUGAAGAACUCUCAACUUCCCUACGGAAAAGCUCUCUAUGCUUAUGAAGGCAAGGAACCUGGUGACCUCAAGUUUAACAAAGGAGACAUUAUUAUACUGCGACGAAAAGUAGACGAGAAUUGGUAUCACGGGGAACUGAAUGGAAACCAUGGCUUUUUCCCAGCAAGCUAUAUCCAGUGUGUCAAGCCCCUCCCACCAGCUCCACCUCAGGGCAAAGCACUUUAUGACUUCGAAUUAAAGGACAAGGAUCAAGACAAGGACUGUUUGACCUUCACCAAGGAUGAAGUCUUGACUGUCAUCAGGAGAGUAGAUGAUAAUUGGGCGGAAGGAAUGCUGGGAGAUAAGAUUGGAAUAUUUCCUAUCCUCUAUGUAGAGCUCAACGACUCAGCUAAACACCUUAUUGAGAUGGACAAGACCAAUCUAACUUCCGCAUCUGGCAGUGAUGUCCCUUUGCCAGCUGACACUAACCUGGCCGUAAACACGGUCCAGUGCUGUACAUUGAACAGUGCCGGAGCAGUCAGUGCCAUUCAGAGGCACAUUGAUGGCAAGAAGAAUGCCAAGAAGCGCCACUCCUUCACUGCUCUCAGUAUGACACACAAAUCUUCUCAGGCCAUGAAUAACAGGCAUUCCAUGGAAAUUAGCGCCCCUGUCCUCAUCAGCUCAAGUGACCCCCGUGCUGCUGCCAGAAUUGGAGAUGUGACUCAUCUCUCAUCCAGCGCUCCAGUCCAGGAUUCUACUUUCGCUGGAACUGCAACCAUGACUGGACCCAGAACAAGUGCAAUCAUUGGAGAUCAGGGAACACCAUCAAAGGUCCAGCUGCCCCUCAACAUCUACUUGGCAUUAUAUGCAUACAAGCCGCAGAAGACAGAUGAACUGGAACUACGCAAGGGUGAAAUGUAUCGCGUUAUUGAGAAGUGUCAGGAUGGCUGGUUCAAAGGGACGUCUUUGAGAAACGGCAUGUCUGGAGUCUUUCCCGGCAACUACGUAACUCCUGUUUCGAGGGUUCCUGCUGGAGCUGGUCAGCCGAGGAAUUUGGCAGGAGGGUCUCCCACAGCCAGAGGCUCUCCAGGAGCCGUCCACCCAGGAAGCCCAGCUCUUACAAACACCGCUGCUGUUGUCAGGCCAGCUGUUCCAAUCACCGCUCCGCCCACUCAGCCCCAGCUGCCAACAGCCUCUCCGCAGAUGAAUAAUUGCUCGAGGUAUUCCUCUCAGCAGACAGGCAUCCAGCCCCGCAGUUCUGUACAAAUGGUUGUCCACCCUUCUGUGCAGGCACAGGACCGGCCCACAGCUACAGUCUCACCACUAAGAACACAGAACUCCCCAUCCCGCCUCCCAAGCACUGUGGUCAGGCCACACUCUGUGGUUUCUCCGCAACACAUCCACCACUCCCCUGUGCACAUCAUCCCCGGAGCACAGUGUGCCAGGCCCAUGAUUCCCCUCACGUCGGCGGCGGCAGCAAUUACUCCUCCCAACGUCACUGCAGUCAACCUGAAUGGAGAAGCAGGAAACGGGCCCAUCAGUAGCCUGGUGACUUGCAGCCCAACCAACACAGCCUGUAAGGCAGAAGAGAGGAAAAACGAAAAGAAAGAAAAGAAAAGUGGUCUGCUGAAGCUUCUGGCAGGAGCAUCCACAAAAAAGAAAUCCCGCUCUCCUCCGUCAAUGUCCCCAACACAUGACCCUCUGGCAGUGAUGGAAGGGAUGCUGCAGGGGGCUAUGGGACCUGAACUAUCCUCUCUCUCUAGCCAUGGGAGAGCAGGCUCAUGCCCAAUUGAAAGUGAAAUGCAAGGAGCAAUGGAGAUGGAGCCACUGCACAGAAAGACAGGCUCUUUGGAUUUGAAUUUCCCUAUUCCUUCUCCCAUAAGGCAGCUUCCGCCUUCAAUGGCAGCCAUCCGUCCAGAACCUAAGCCAUUGUCUCGAGAAAGGUAUCGUGUUGUGGUCCCCUAUCCCCCACAAAGCGAAGCCGAGAUUGAACUGAAAGAAGGCGACAUCGUGUUUGUCCACAAGAAAAGGGAGGACGGCUGGUACAAAGGGACCUUGCAGAGAAACGGCAGGUCAGGCCUGUUCCCUGGCAGCUUUGUGGAGAGCUUCUGAGGGCUUGAGCUCCACGCUUUUUGGACUCGAAGGACCUUUCACAGGAAAUUCCAUAGCACAAAAAAAAGAAAGAGCGAAGGGAAACUUUCCUAAUAUCCACUGCCAUAACAAGAACUGUAAUUAUUAUUUCCAAAGACUCCGCAGGCUCUUUGAUAUUCAGCCCAGGAGAUGAGGUCUCUUGCUGUGCUUUCAAACCCACGUACGGUACAUACAGGCAGUAUUGCUGUAGUCGUGCCUUCCACUCGGAGUCGAAGACUGAGAGGACACACAUUCGGGUUGUAUCUUAAGCUAAAAUCCAGCCGCCACACUUUGUGUAAAUGAUAAAGUAUGUUUUAAAAAAGGGGGGAUUAAGAAACUUGUUAUAUUGCUGUAAUUUAUUUGUCUGAGCUGCAGUGUUCUUAUUACUGGCCUAUGCAAGAGGGACUUGAGUUUCAAGAGGAGUGCAAGGGGGACUCUUGAACUUGUCUGUUUUCCCAGGUGGGGGUAAAGGAAGCUCAUGGACGGGACGGAACCCACUGAAAUCCGCACAUUGUUCGGCUAGACAGAAUUUGGGAGUCCAAAACAUUGCCAGCAUUCCUUUCUAAUAGAUACCUCAAAAUAUUCUGCUUAAGAAUACUAGUCAGGGCCUUUUCAUACACCGCGCACCCCCAGAAAAAUAUUGAGAGUAGCGUUCCCCGUGUCAGGCGAGUCAACACUGGAAAAGUGCAUUUUCCCACGACUUCCCAACCCAUUCUGAAAGCCAAAUCCUAUGUGUGACAAUGGACCGCAUGACAAAGUCACAUCGAGCAGUGUGGACACCACAUUUGAGACUUUUUCUCUUGUCACUGCAUCUCCUGUAGUUAGCUUAAUAGCGCAUCAAAGAUUUCAUACGAAGAGCCAACAAUCUGAUAUGCUGGACUGACUAUCAUCAACUACAUGACAUUUUGGUUAGCCAUUACUUUUUCUUUCCUUUGCAGCAUUUUUAUUUUGAUUGUUGCUUUAAUGUAUUUCAGAUAAGAGAGCUUUUAUACAGUAUACUUUUCUAAUGCAAGAAAUGUUAUACAUUGCAAACUCCAUAUAGAUAAGGAAAGUCCUACUUCGCAUAGAUAACGGCGCUAGUUUUCAUUUUAAAAACCCAGUUAAUAAAUACUUGAUUUGGCAUAUCUGAUUAAAAAAAUUGUUCUCAAGUAUGCAAAAGAUCUUACCAUUGCCAUACUUGCUACUGACAUUGAAGCAACUGGGGCCAGGAUACAGAUAGGACCACAAGCAGAAGAAAUCCUUGUGAAACUCUCUGCAUCAGGAGUUCCCAAACUGGUUUUUAUACUACCAGUGGUCCAUGAGUUUCAUUCAGUUGGUCCAGCAUGUGUCUAUGGAUGAAGAUGGGAGAUCCCAUAUCCAUUGCAUUAAAUAGACACAUUUAUUUUUAAUUGUAUUUUAUUGCUUUUAUGUCUUAUAUUCCAUGGCACUCAAAUUGUAAUACAAAAUAAAAGAAGCAAUAACAAUGCAAUUAAAAAAAUCAUACAGCAUCUAGUACAACACACUGCAAUUGCUACAACUGGAUGAGAAACCGUCAAGUGGCUCUCAGCAAUUUCAAGUUGUCCAUGGGGGGACAUUUGGGAACCCCUGCUCUAUGUGCAAGGUUUUGCACAAGCUAUGCGUACAAGUAGCUUCGUGAAACAUGCUUCCACAUGGGGAAAGUGUUCUCUGAAUGCACCUCGCGUGAGCAGGUUUCACAAGGAAUAUUACCUUGAUCUGCUUGUGGAAAGCAAAUCUCUGGUUUCUGGUCAGCAACUGCUAUAGAGUGUGACAAAAAAGAAGAAGUAAGAGAUGGCAAAUAGGCAAAGCGAUUGAAUUCGAUCCAAAGACGCAUGAGUGGAAGGAAAACAGCUUGCUAGUGGCAUUCAGCAAACCCUUACGAAAGAGAUCACACAGUGCUAUAAUAGGCAUGCUCCACAGCAGUACUCAUGCUUUCAGCUGCAGGAGAACAUCUGUGGAUUUAUGCAAGGCUAUUGCAUGAGCUGUAAAACAGCUGUGCUGUGAGAGGAAGCCCCGCUCCACACCCAGAAGGGCACCUUUGGAUUCAACCCAUUACUCAUUGACUGAAUGAAAUUCCAUUGGUUAGCUCAGAUACCUACACAUUCAUUUAUCAUCUGUUGUAUUAGAAGAUACUACUAUGUGUAUUUUUGUAUGCUUUAUUGUCGCUAAUGUCAGGCUCCUAAAGAUCAAAACCUUUCUAUUGCUUUCUUUCUCUGCAACCAGAGGGGAGUCGGAAUCUUAAGAAUCACUAAAUAUACAGUGGCCUGUUCCUUACACACAAAUAUAUUGUGUCGGAAGCCUCUUCAAAGCAUAGUACGCUGUCUAGACAGCGAUAAUUACUGGAGAUUUGGGAGCUUUUCCAGGAGGAUUCAUUUUAAUUGACUUCUACAUGGCAAUAAAAAGAACACUGCAGGUUCCCGCAAGCACAGAACGCUGGAAUUCUUAUUUCUCUCUGUCUCUGAACAUCAGAGAGAAGAUGGCUGUAAUUACCACUAUCAAAAUGUGAUUUGUUUCUGUAGAAAUGUAUAGUUCUGAACAGUGUUUGGUUUUCUAACCUGGGUCAAGCUACAUAAUAAUAAUAAUAAAAUAUUCAGGCAAUAGACGCUUCCGGCAACCAAGAACUUAAAGGUGCAAUAAAUAGGAAGCAAGAAAAUAAACCUGUCAUAAAUCAGCUGUUGACAUCUGUUAAAAAAAAUUGUCAGAGAGACAGAAGGAUAUUUUUAGCAAUGUCUUUUGCUCGGUUUAAUUCAGGCAGUGUAUACUGGAACCACCACCCAAAAUCUUCCCAUUGUUGUAAUGUAUUACUUUGUCCUGCAUAAGCUACACUCUUCUCAUUCUAAGACAUGGGCAGAAAUCAAGAGAAUUAGCCCAUUGCUCCUUCAAAAUGUAGGGUAAUAUUUUUUACUCUCUUAAUUUUAACAUACCAGACUAACAGCCCAGUCCUAAAACUUGCUGAAACAAUCAUCAGGUACUUGGAUAGAUGAGACCCAUUUCUGAUGACACCAGCUCUGAGGGCAGAUACUCAUGCACAAAUAAUUAUGGGGUGCUAGCUAUAUUCUAGGAAGCCAUAUUCAGUGAUGGAAAUAUUCAGAUAAUCUCUCUCGUAUAUAUAGAAAAGCUGGUACAACAAUAUAAACAACAUGUAUUUCAUUCGCCAGGGAGCCUGUGGCAUACAAAGAUUAAAAAAAGGAUAUGUGGAAGUAGUAAAAGUGAGUUCAAAAACAUUUCAGCUGUUACUCAGGUUACUUUCAAUCUUCUGUGGGAUCCGGUAGGUAGAACGUCUAGCUUUAGCUAGAGCUCCCCUAGAGCAGACCUCCCUAAACCUAUUUGGCUCAAAGAUUGUAAUCGCCCUCAGCCAGCCCUGUGGCACCCACAGGUCAGUGGUGUGGCCACCCCACACUGUCACAUGGGCACACUGCCCCCUCCCACAGCAGAUCAGCUGACAAGGGAGGUAUUGCCACCUUCCUGCUCAUCAAAUCAUCCUUCCGAUGACUGGACAGGGAGCCAAUUUGUGUCCCUGUCAGAUUCGCUGGGCCGCAUGCCUUACCCCUCUCUCUCCAACCCCUCCCGGGGCUGUGUCGACUUUUGUGGUUGUUUCUUUUGCUACCAAACAUGGAGGGGCUUGAGGGUAGACCAGGUGAGGCCCCAGAUCGGUCAUUAGCCACCCCAGUUCUACAGGAGGCUAAGGCUCACCUGUGCCUUCCCCAAAGGGGAGUUUACCCGAGGAUAUUGGCAUGCCCUUAUUUCCAGCUAUCACUCGUCUCUCAAGCCGAUUUUGAUUAUUACCCCAACACACACACACGUGUACCAGUAUCUGCACUUCCUGUCUUCUCCUGUGGAGUGAUUUAGGCACUGGUCUGGCCAGAGUCAGCUGCCUCGUGAAUUGUCUUGAAGCGCACACUUUGGCCAGCCCAUUCUGUUCCCUCCUUCCCAUCUACCUCUUCUCAUCAUUUAAAAACAAAUGACACAAUCAAGGCAAAGCUUAACACUUUUAAAUUCUGUUUUCCUUAGAAGAUGUUUGGGUACGUGCUUAAGUUCCACCUUAAACUUCAAAAUACUCAGUAGGGGGCAAACUGCAUAUUGCACACUAAAACAUGUAAGGGUGCCAUGAUGCCAUUUGUUUAUUUAAAAAAAAUGAAAGAAAGCAAAACUAGCUGUUUCGGGAGGGGCAGUUAGAGGGAGGAAAUAGGUGGGGUGUGCAACUUAACCCUUCCCCUGCCUGAUGUUUUGUUCCCAAUGGCUCCCUGCCCAAUACACGAUUCCAACCAUGUUUUUGCAUGCAUCUUUGACACAUUCAGGGAAGAGCUGCUUGGGAAUGUGAUUUGGAGAGGGAAUACAGUGGACAGCAUAAGGAUGGGAUGGGUGCUCCCUUCUCUGCCACUUCAUUGCUCGAAAUCCCCACAUCUCAGAAGUGGCUUUGCUGGUUUUUUUAAAAAUGAACUACAGUGCUUUUACAUGUGUUAGCGUGUGAUGUGUCUGUUACCCUUAAAUAUAGCUGUAGCAUGCCCAGGUCAAUUGUGACUUUUGACUUCAAGUGUGAGAAUAUCUGUGGCUGGCAAUGUAAAGUGUCAUUUUCCCCCCGGGGGAGGUAAAAGGGUGGUGGAAAUUCAGAACUUCCUCCAGCUGGGAACCUGAGAUGAUGGAGUGUUUUCUUCACCAGCAUCUGUACUCAGAACUGAGGAAAGAUGGAAAGGAAUGGGCAGAGGAAGAUGGUUUCUAUUCUGAUUUGCUUUGGAAUUAUUGCAACCAAUUGUUUGGACCAAAUCCAUGUUGGUGCUUCUGUAGUUUGAGCAAGGAAACAUUCCUCUCACAAGUAAAAGGGGAUUAAAGACAGUGCAUUCUCCCACUUCCUAUGAUACAUGGGUUUUUUUAUAUAAAAAAAAAUCUCUAGUUCAGGACAGUGCACAUAAUUAUAUGCUUAAUACUGAAGGCUCUCUACAGUGGACCAAAAAUGGUGGCUGUUUGCCAUAGUUGUGACAGCCUCUCUUACAUAAUGUCAAAAGAGUUUUGCACGAGUAAGUCAGAUGUGAGCAUUGUGUACUUCAGCUGUAGACGGGAGACCAGGAUUCAAAUAACCACACAACUAGUUCCACGUAUCUAAGGUGGCUUCAGAGAUGUUUCCUGAACAAAUCCCCCUGCCCAGUGCUGUAUGGUAAACCACUCUUGAAACCGAGGAGAGCAUCAAAGGCAAUUUAUUGGAGUAGGGUUGCUGUUCAAAGAAAAAAGGUGCAAAUCUUCCUAGGCACACAGAUGUCCAUGCAUGCACCUACAGUUGCUUGUUCUUUGAUAAACAAGGCCACCCCUUAUCUAGAAUUGGUUCCUUUGCUGUGCUCAGAAUAUAGAGUAGCAAAGGAUCUUAGCUCUUGCACAGUGUAUUCAGCCAGCCAUUCACGCAACAGCAACACCAAGGAAUCAUCACCCUUUGGCAGGGAUAUUAUAGCCACUGUUGUUUUGCCAAAAAGCUUUUGCACAUCUCUGUAUGAAGGUGUUAAUCCAUAAUCCACAAACUCCACUAGGACAAAAUGCAACAACUUGCAAACACAUCUUUUCUGAAUUCAGUAUUUUUAAAGGUUGUGCCACCCACUGGCGGAGGAAGAGGGGGGCGGGGAGAGCGCACCGUCCCCGGUAGCACAAUCCCAGUGGGGUGCCAUCGGAGCUGCCCCCCUGCCCGCGUUGGGCACUAUGCCCCCUCAGGUGGCGCACCAUGCCCCCGGGGUGCAUGCCAGCCAUGCCACGCCUGCUCUCCCCCCCCCCCCGGUGCUGGAGCAUGAAGCUCCGCCACUGGUGCCACCACAUUCACUCCAAUCCCAGCAUUUGAUGCUUAAAAACCCAUCGCUCACAUUUCCUCUGAGGAUUAAGAGUUUCUUUGACUGUUUGAAGCUCCAACAACAUUUGAACAACAGGUCUUAGCUCUCAUCUAUCAUGGUAGCUUGGAGAAGUCUCCUGUAGCAGUGGAUCAGUUUCACGUAUGUAGCACAAACACAGAAUGCAAAAGACAAGGCAGGAAUUCUGGAUAGUGACCUCUGUGUGGAAAGUAUUAGCUCUUCCGGUGGUCCAUGUUGAUAAAUGGCAUUCAAAGGACAGGAAGCAUGGGGAGGGAGGGGGGAGUGUGUGCACACGCAUGUGUGCGUUUCCUAAGACAGAAAAUGAACAGAAUUGUCCUGGCAGCCUUGUUUUGUAAAAUGCCAGGUUUGUUGUACUGGAGAAGGUUUCUGCUAACUGAACAAACCCUUUGUACUUUGCACAGUUCAGGAAAAAAAUGGUUUUUGUUACACAUGGAUGUUAACAUACAAUUUUGAAAAAACAUCAAUGGUUAUUAUGAGUACAAAUGAACUGCAAUUACUGUGUUUCUCAUCCUUUAAAUAAAAUAACCAUUAAUGUAA